AUGCGAAUCAUGUCAAAAACAUGCCGAUUGGAGCCAUGCUCCGCCAGAGAAUAUUUUACAAAGUGGAUUGAGGCUGAGCCAGUUGUUGUAAUCUCGAGUAGUCGGGUGAGACAAUUAUGUGAAGAAGUCGGGAUUAAACAUGUUUUUUCUUCGGUGGAGCAUCCUCAGACGAAUGGACAAGCAGAAGCAGCCAAUAAGGUGAUAUUGAGGGGUGUAAAACGAAGAUUGAUGGCAGCAAAGGGAGAAUGGCCGAAUAAGAUACACCGAGUGUUGUGGGCAUACCACACCACGCCUCAGACGUCUACCCGAGAAACUCUAUUUACUUUGGUGUACGACACCGACGCAAUGAUUCCAAUAGAAGUUAUGGAGAGCAGGGGAAGAGUGAGGUUGUUUGAUGAGGAGAUUUCUGAAGUGGGUUUGCGAGCAAACCUUGAUGUUAUAGAUGAAGUUAGGGAUUUGGCUCAGAUUUCUAAUGAAGCAAUGAAGAGGAGGUUCAAAAGAAGUCAUAAGACUAAGGUAAUACCUCGGGGUUUUCAGGCGCAAGACUUGGUACUAAGGAAGCAUAAAGGACCUAUGUGUUCUAUUCCGAGCCUAUGUGCUUGA